AUGAGUGCUGGAAUGACCACGCUACCGGAGUUCAGCGGACUAUCACACGAAGACACAAGGGCCUUCCUGCGACAGUGCAACGUACGCUUGGCGCCAACCCUGGGCCAGCUGUUCCAACUGCAAGACCACCUGCUGCACAUACUGGUGGAGGUGAAUGGCAGGCCGGCUGCAGCGCUGGUGAACACAGGCACCAGCCAUGUGUUCAUCACCCCUAGCCUCGUACCACCAGGGGCGCUCCGGCCUCACCGUGUGGAGCUGCGCUUAGCGACCACCACACGACCAGGAGUGACGAUGGGCAAGGCGGAGAUUGAGCAUCAAGCCACCAUCGAACAGGUACUCUGCGAGAGGCAGGGUGUGUUCGCCACGGCCAUCCCACUCCGACGCUCCACAGUAGUUGAACACCAGAUCCCCACCACCCAUGAUCGACCUAUCCACCAGCCACCUAGGGGGUAUGGCUUCAGGGAGCAGCAUGCCAUCCGGGAGCAGGUGUCAGAGAUGCUGCAAGAUGGCAUCAUCGAGCUAUCCAGUAGUCACUACAAUUCCUGUGUGGUGUCCCACAAGAAGGAUGGCUCAUUACGGUUUUGCGUCGACUUCGGGCCCCUGAACACCAUCACCAUCAGUGCUCCCCCCUUCAGAUCAGUGUCGAGGCCGCCUUAG